GGAAAAUGAAAGAAAAUCAUUUUCUUUUCUUUUCCUUCCAAAAUCCUUGAGCCAAACAUAGUGUUAGAGAAGUUGGUAUUUCCCGUUCCUGUUUGAGUAUCUGUCCACGCCUCCUUGCAACAUAGUUCAUCGCUUUUUAAAAAUCCCACGGCCACCGGUAGCAUAUUUUGUGGCAAUGUAGAAUGCUGUCAUAUACGUACGUAUAUAAAACAUUUUGUUUUUUGUAAUAAAGGUUUAUGUGGAACUUCAUAAAUAUAGAUUCACUUGAAUUGAAGUAUAUAAUGACACAUUGACACUCCUUGGAUCCCACCGGAUUAGAGAAGUAUGAGUGGGAUUUGAAUUUCUCCUAGAAAACAAAAAAAAAAUGACAGAGAAUUGGGGAGGUGGCGGCGACGAAGGGUGCGGUGGUUUGAGGGCGGAAAAGGAGCAGCACCGCCUGCUGCUUUUACCCAUAGCCAACGUCGGACGGAUCAUGAAGCAUCGGCUGCCGGAAAACGCCAAAGUCUCGAAAGAGGCCAAGGAGACGAUGCAAGAGUGCGUGUCGGAGUUCGUGGGCUUCGUCACUGUAGAGGCGGCGGAGAGAUGCCGGCGUGAGAGGCGGAAAACGGUUAACGGCGACGACGUUUGUUGGGCCUUGUCCAUGCUGGGCUUCGACAACUUCGUGGGCCCCCUCAAGAUAUACUUGCAUAUGUAUAGAGAGCAAGAGAACGAAAUAAGAAGCAAAAAUCACUUUAAAUAAAACAAAAAUAUAAUAGGAGUUUCAUGUUUUAUUCUUAUAUAAAAGUUCGUAUUGUAGUAAUGUGACAUUAUACAUCUGUAUUUUAUGUAAUGUAUCUGGUUAAUAUUUGUAAUGUAAAUGCAUUUUAACUUCAAUUUUAGAAAUAGAAACACGAAAGUCUUAAUUUAGUAUAUUUUCAAUGUUUUACUCCUAUUUAAGUCUUUUUUUUCCAAUAAAAAAUCUAAGAUCAAUUA